UGGGGGAGCACUUCUUGCUCCCUAACACCAGUAAAUACAAUUCGAUCAAUUGUGCGGAGCAAACCUACAGAAUAACGGGACUAGCCCCUAGCGCUAAUACAGAGUCUCUCUCUCUGAGACUCUCUCCCAUUCAUUCAUUCAGAGAUGGGGAUCAGAUUCAUAUUGAUGGUGAACAAGCAAGGGCAAACCCGACUUGCCCAAUACUACGAGUACUUAACCAUCGAGGAAAGACGAGCUCUUGAGGGCGAAAUCGUUCGUAAAUGCCUCGCCCGCAACGAACAACAGUGUUCCUUUGUCGAGCAUCGGAACUACAAAAUCGUGUACAGGCGCUAUGCAUCACUGUUUUUCUUGGUUGGAGUCGACAAUGAGGAAAAUGAGCUUGCUAUUCUAGAAUUUAUACACCUCUUAGUUGAAACCAUGGAUCGCCAUUUUGGAAAUGUGUGUGAGCUGGACAUUAUGUUCCAUCUGGAGAAAGCACAUUUCAUGCUGGAAGAAAUGGUCAUGAAUGGGUGCAUCAUUGAGACAAGCAAGGCAAAUAUCCUCGCUCCAAUACAACUGAUGGACAAGGCGUCAUAACCUGUUUCUCUUUCUUUUUACCUUAAUUGUUGCUUACCAUGCAACACUUGAAGCAUGUCUGUUUCCAUUUCAAUGACAAAUUCUAAAGAAAAUAUUGUGAAAUAAGAUUAUCUGUAUCAUGCUGGAAGAAAUGGUCAUGAAUGGGUGCAUCAUUGAGGCAAGGCAAAUAUCCUCGCUCAACUGAUGGACGAGGCGUCAUAAUCUUUUUCUCUUUCUUUUUACCUGAAUAAUUGUCACCGUGCAACACUUAAAGCAUGUCUGUUUCCAUUUCAAUGACAAAUUCUAAAGAAAAUAUUGUAAUAACAAUAUCUAUAUAGUCAGAACCACCUUCAUCGAUUGUUUACUGCAUUAA